UGUACCCUGCAGGGUACCCCUCGAUUGCCUGCAUUCUUAAUGGAUGGUGAUUUUGUUAUUGGAGGUACUUUCUUCAUUCACUUCAAAGUACAAACGGUACUUAAUAACUACAUCACUAAACCUGAACCUGCCAGAUGCACAGGGAGCUUUAAUGCCCGGGAUCUACGCUUCUCUCGAACAAUGAUCUUUGCUAUCAAGGAGAUAAACAACAGCACAGAGCUUCUGCCAGACAUCAAACUUGGAUAUCAGAUCUAUGAUACUUGUGCCUCAGGGCUUGUAGCAGCACAUGUGGCCUUUCAAUUAUCAAAUGGUCAGGACCCUGUGUUUUACAAAGGCAGCAGUUGUUCACAAAUGGGGAUGGUGACGGCUGUUGUUGGAGACUCUGGAUCUACCUCAUCCAUCAGCAUGGCACGCAUCAUUGGACCAUUCAACAUUCCUCAAGUGAGCCAUUUUGCCACUUGUGCCUGCCUGUCAGAUAAGCAGCAGUACCCAACAUUUUUCAGAACAAUUCCCAGUGAUCAGUUCCAGGCUGAUGCUCUGGCCAAGCUGGUAAAACACUAUGGCUGGACUUGGAUUGGUGCUGUUCGCUCAGACUCAGAUUAUGGAAAUUAUGGAAUGGCGUCUUUUCUUGAUGCAGUGCAAAAAGAGGGUAUCUGUGUGGAGUACUCUGAAUCCUUCUUUCGAACUGACCCACGCAGCAAGAUUAAAAAAGUAGCUGAUGUUAUCCGGAGGUCGACAGCGCUGGUUGUUGUAGCUUUUGUUGCUGCAGGAGAUAUGAUUAUCCUGUUACAAGAGCUGGCUCUGGAGCCUACAGCACCUCGACAGUGGAUAGGAACUGAGGGCUGGAUAACUGACCCACUCUUGAUGAGCUUUAGUUUCUGUGCAGGGGCCAUCGGAUUUGGCAUUCAGCGAUCUGUCAUUCCAGGACUGAAAGAUUUCCUGCUGGAUCUCUCUCCCACUGAAGUAGCUACCUCCUCAGUCCUGACUGAGUUCUGGGAGGAUGCAUUUAAUUGCAGCCUGACGAAAAAUGCAGAUCCAGAAAAGAAAGUCUGUGAUGGAAAUGAAAACAUAAAAACACUCAAAAGUCCGUACACUGAAACAUCUCAACUAAGAGCUUCUAACAUGGUGUACAAGGCUGUUUAUGCAAUAGCUCAUGCUAUUCACAAUACAUUGUGUCACAAAAGAAAUUUCACCACUCAGUGUGACAGAAAUAUCAGACUGGAGUACAAACAGGUUUUUACUGCACUACAAAAAGUCAACUUUACCCGCAAUGGUUAUCCUGUGUCAUUUGAUGCUAAUGGGGAUCCUGUGGCUUUUUAUGAGCUGAUCAACUGGCAAAUGAGUGAGAGUGGAGAUGUAGAGUUGAUAACAGUAGGAAAUUAUGAUGCAUCACUUCCAAAAGGCCAUGAGUUUCAGAUUAAAAGGAACAUAUUUUGGGUUGAAGGUCGCACACAAGUUCCAGUGUCUGUGUGUUCACAGAGUUGUCCUCAAGGAACACGUAAAGUUUUGCAAAAAGGAAAACCUAAAUGUUGCUAUGAUUGUGUCCCAUGUCCUGAAGGAGAAAUCAGUAAUACAACAGAUUCUUUGGAUUGCUUUCCAUGUACCAAUGAAUUCUGGCCUAAUACAGAAAGAAAUGCUUGUUUCCCCAAACCUGUAGAGUUUCUGUCCUUUGAUGAAGUCCUGUCAAUCAUCCUGGCUGCACUGUCUGUUACUGGGGCCUGUCUGGCCAUCACAACAACAGUUAUUUUCUUUUGUCACAGAACAACUCCUAUUGUCAAAGCCAACAACUCUGAGCUAAGCUUCAUGUUGCUCUUCUCUCUGACUCUGUGUUUUUUAUGUUCAGUAACUUUCAUCGGAGUUCCCUCUGAGUGGUCCUGCAUGCUGCGACACACAGCUUUUGGGAUCACCUUUGUUCUUUGUAUUUCAUGUGUUCUAGGGAAAACUGUAGUGGUUUUAAUGGCCUUCAAAGCUACACUUCCAGGUAGUAAUGCAAUGAAAUGGUUUGGGCCUCCACAGCAAAGAAUGACUGUAGUGUUUUUCACAUUUAUUCAAGUUUUAAUUUGUACAAUUUGGUUGGUUCUCAGUCCUCCUUUCCCAAUGAAAAAUCUGACUACAUACAAGGAGAAGAUCAUCCUGGAAUGUGCAUUAGGCUCUGCUGUUGGUUUCUGGGCUGUGCUCGGGUACAUUGGACUGCUGGCUGUGUUUUGCUUUGUGUUAGCUGUUCUAGCUCGGAAACUACCUGAUAAUUUUAAUGAAGCCAAGAUGAUAACCUUCAGCAUGCUGAUCUUCUGUGCAGUAUGGAUCACCUUCAUCCCAGCAUACGUCAGCUCUCCUGGAAAGUUUACUGUGGCUGUGGAGAUAUUUGCUAUUCUGGCCUCCAGUUUUGGACUGAUACUGUGUAUAUUUGCUCCAAAGUGUUUCAUCAUAUUGUUUCAACCUGAGAAGAACACCAAGAAAUACUUAAUGAACAAAAUUUAA